AUGUCCGGGCCCCUCGAGACCAUACCAACUGCCACCAUCCUACUCCGCCAUGUCUCUCGUUCAUUAAACCCUCGGAUUCCUCCUAUUGCCAGGCACAGCGUCUCCAUACUCCCCUGCCGCAUUGCCAUCAUCUCGCGCGACAAACUCAGAAAAGAAACAUCGGCUAAGAACCCCGAUCUACGCCGAUGCGUCGCACACAACAGUCUCCUCCGGCGGUCCAUGGAGGAAACACACAGCAAUAUCCGCAAGAGCAUGACUUCACUUCGUUUCGAGGAUGACGAAGAUGACAGUCCGGGCAUGAUCACUCAAAGCCCCAGCCAGAGCCCAUCCUCCAUCAUCCGGAGCACAAUCAACUCCGCUGUGAAAGCUAUGGCGCAUCGACGUCGGUCGGAGGAUCUUGUCGGGCUGGCUUCCACUUCCCAGGAACCUGAUGGAAAGAAACCUAUGAAUGAUUAUCGUCGCUACUACGCUACCAGACUUGUCUCUGGUCGGAAAAGACGCCACCCUCCUACGGGAUAUACAGUACAUGCCCGCGUGCCGGGUUGA